ACCAGAAGUUUAUUCAAAAUGUUGGUGUUUUUUGCGCUUCUCGUCGUUUUGGGAAGUCUCGCUUACUAUUAUUUAACUCACAACUACGAUUAUUGGAAGAAACGAGGAAUUGUAUGCCCCGAACCAAAACUUUUUGUGGGAAAUUUGCCGAGCACUUAUAAUAGAAAAGUUCAUAUCGUCGACGAAUUGACUGAAAUCUACAAAACUUACAAAGGCAAAGAAAGCGUUGUUGGUCUCUUCCGUGGCGUUUGUCCAGAACUCUUGAUUUUGGAUCCGGAAAUUGCUCGAAAUUUGAGCACAACGAAUUUCAAAAAUUUUGCCAAUCAAGGAAAUGUUUUUGGAACGAUCGACAAAGAAAGUGAUCCACUUGCUGGUAGAAAUCCAUUUUUCUUGAAAGGUGAAGAAUGGAAGGAAAAACGUUCGGAAAUUAUUCCAGCUUUUUCCAGCGGAAGAAUGAAGGCACUUUUUCCCGUCAUGGAAGCAGUUGCCGAUAAAAUGAAGAAUUACAUCGAAAACCAAAUGGAAACGAGUGAAUAUAUUGAAACACGUGAGUUGUGUGGCAAAUACACGACAGAUGUUGUUUGUAAUUCAAUCUACGGCGUCGACUCCGGAGCACUUUCUGGACAACAAUCAGAACUUCGUGACAUUGCUCGUAACGUUUUUUCACCCACGUGGCGUUUUUACGUAACCGCUGUGCUUGGACCUGCUUUGCCUUUUAUCACAAAAAUCUUCAAAUUUCGAUUUGUACCUGAAAAAUACGAAAAAUUCCUCACAAAUUUACUAAAAGAGACGAUUUCGUAUCGCAAGGAGAACAAUAUCGAACGUCAGGAUUUUGUCGAUUACCUCAUUCAUUUGCGAGAAAAGAAGGGACUUGACGACGUUGAGGUUAUGGCACACACAAUUACGUUCUUCUUUGAUGGCGUCGAGACGUCUAGCAUUACGUUAUCGCAUGUCUUCUACGAAUUGGCGAAAAAUAAGCAAUUUCAGCAAAAAUUACGAGACAUGAUGAACGAAAUUAAGAAAAAUGACGGAACUUUCGAGUAUGACGCUGUAAUGCAUCACGAAUAUUUGGAACAAGUGAUCGUUGAAACGCUUCGUUUGCAUCCCGUUAUACCGAGAUUGACGCGCGAAUGUUCGGAAGACUUUGACUUGGAGUUGGCAGAUGGCAAAAAAUUGCAUAUCGAAAAAGGAACGAAUGUCGGAUGGCCUAUGAUUGAUUUCCAACAAGAUCCGGAGUAUUAUGGACCGACAGCUAAAGACUUUGAUCCAGAUCGUUUCAAUGAGGAAAAUGGCGGAAUGAAGCAAUUUAAGGAUAAAGGAGUUCUUUUUCCAUUCGGCGACGGACCUCGAGUCUGUUUGGGACAGAGAUUCGCUCAAACUCAGAUGAAAUGUUGCAUCGCUCAUAUCGUGACGAGCUUCGAUAUUUCUGUAAGUGAAAAAAUGCCGAAGAAUCCUGUCUUGAAUCCAGCUGAAAUUACACUCACUUACCAUGGAGGCAUCUUAUUGAAGUUCAAACCAAUCAAAAAUUAAAUUUUUAACAGUAAAUAUAUAUUUUUUUUGUAUUUUCACAGCA